AUUCAACCCGUAGAGUACACAUCCUCCUUUCAUAGUCUAUUCCCUUGUCAAAGGUUAGCAAAGCAUCUUUUGGGAAACAUGCCUCGUGUCGCCAAAAAAGCUUCGGCCCGGACCCCGCUGGAUGCGGCAGAUCCGAAUGGCCUCGUGCCUAUGCCCCAACCUCCAAGCAGCACAUCCCACAUUCCUGACGUGAGGCCUGGCGAUGAAAACGCGAAUCUAAUCAUUCUGUCGCCCGGUAAAUCUACUCAGCCCAUGGUCUCUACCGCAGGGACAAAACGGAAAGCCGACGCGUCUGAGCCCGAGGAGAUAGACGAUGAAGACCCGCGUCUUCAUGUCUUGAAGUGGGACUGCAACCAGGUUCGCCGCAAAAUCAAAAACUUCAUCGAGUCGAAGGAGAUGAAAGUUGGCGAGUUCCAAGAUGCGAUCGGGGUUUCGUCACGGAGCUAUAAUGCAUUUCUGAAAAUGAGUGGCCAAAUGAAAGGGAGCGAGUCCAACACGUACCUCUACGCGCACCGGUUCUUUGUCAAACGGGAGCUGCAGGGUGUUACGGAGCCCAAGAAGAAGCCCGUUAGCAAGCAGGCGAAAUUGGAUACCCAAAAGAAAUACGAUGUCAGCGGUAUUCAUCUCCCAGGCGAAGAGGAAGGCAAGGUAGAGGUCUAUGAUACAUGCGACGUGGUCCGAAAGAAGAUCCAUGCCUAUUUGCGGGAUCCAAACGUUACUAAAGCCGGCUUUCUCAGGGAGAUUAUAAAGACCUACCCGCCAGCACAGGGCGUGAAGUUCCAAGGCAACUCUUUAACCCGGUUUCUGGACAUGUCGGGUGCCAACUCGGGCAACACGAACUCUGUCUUCUACGCUGCUUAUGUUUUCUUUGAGAAGCUACGUAUCCGUGAUGGUCAGCCCAAGACCAAAUUUCGCGAAGAGAUGGAAAAGAUCUGGCGUCCUCAUGGCGGAUUCGAUACCACAACCCCUCACCAUAGGGGAUAUUGGUGCCAUGAUAGCGAAUUUGUGUAUGUCGAUAAGUACGGUCAGACAGGUUUCGGCAAAAGGCGUUGAUUUGUCCCCGUACUGGGAUGUAUGAGACUCAAUACUUGCUUGUUUAUAUACCUUCGUCUUUGUAUAAUAUGUUUGGAUUAUGCUUUAUCUAGCGACCUGUUGAAUGUAUGCGCUGCCAUUCGCUAUAGUCUUACCUCCUUCUCCCUUCAAACACUGGAUAUAGCAUAUCCUAGGUGGAUCUACAAUGUUGCAAGUAACUAUGAAGUUGAAACCAAGUCCAACGUUCUCCGAAUUGGUUCUAGUCAUCGCUUACACUGUUCAAGCGAAGACGUAGAAGUUCGGAUUGAUGGCUGGACACAAAGAUGAAC